AAUUCAUCCAGAAAGAUUCGUGAAGGAGAUUCAGUCGAGAUCAAAUGCCCUUAUGAUGAAAACCACACAAAAGAAAUAAAGCUUCUGUGCAAAGGAAAGUGUUUCACUCGAGAUGCUCAAAAUAUCAUUUGGUCAGAUGAAGAUCAUGUUAAAAACCCAAAGAUUUCAGUAAAGGACGACACUGAACUCAAUCUCUUCACUGUGACCAUAACUGAGCUGAGAGCAGAGGAUGCUGGGAAAUACUGGUGUGCAGUGAAAGAUGCGUUUAACCUUCCCAUUGAGCUCAUGAUCAUCAUGAAGGACGCGGUCACUCAUGAAGCGUCUGUCGGAAGAUCAGCGUCCAUCAGCUGUAAACACAUCAGGAAUCAAGCACAGAGGUUUUUCUGCAGACGAGAUCAGCCGAAUAUCUGCGUCAGAGACGGAGUUCAUGUUUCAUCAAAUAACAGCACAAACAGCAGAUUCUCUCUGACUGAAUAA